UUCAUUUACUUCCUACACAUAGCAUAUACUUAGUACAAAAGAAGAGGAAUGCACACGCGGGCCUGAUUUUCUCCCCAAACCUGCUCAGUGAGUGUCUCACCCACAGCCAGUCAAACCGGAGAGACAGACAGACACUCGCAGCUGGAACAUUCAUACUGAAUCACAGGUGUGUGUGGAGUAGAUUGGAGUAGGUUCAACUUUAUUUUAUUAUUGCAUUAAAUUUACACCCUCGGAAUGAGUGGUCGUCUAUGGACAGAGGAGCAGUUUAACUGCCCUGUGUGUCUGGAUCUGCCAACUGACCCCGUGACCAUCCCGUGUGGUCACAGUUACUGCAUGGCCUGUAUCGCAGAUUACUGGGACAAUGAAGGCAGGAAAAGCGGCAUCUACAGCUGUCCGGAGUGCCGGCAGACCUUCAACCCACGUCCCACUCUCUGCCGGAACACCAUGCUGGCCGAAGCCGUGGAGCAGCUCCGCCGCGGGACCCUGAAUCCCUCCGGGCGGGAGUCCAUCAAAAGCGCCCGGCGCGCGGCAACCUCCGCGUCUGAGCGCGCGCGCACACGGAGCAAAGGGGCUACGAAACAGCUGCCGGCCUCCGUUGUGCCAUGUGACCGCUGCCCGGAGCCCAAAGCGGCAGUGAAGACGUGUUUGGUGUGCAUGGCAUCGUUUUGCGAGACUCACCUGAAACCCCAUGACACGCAAGACAAGCUGAAGAGCCACGAGCUUAUCGCGCCCACCGGUAACCUGAGUCAGAAGAUUUGCCCUGAGCACAAGUACCUGCAGGAGUUCUUCUGCCGCUCGUGUCAGAUGUACGUGUGCUGGCUCUGCACCAGUAACCAGCACAAGGGCCACGAGAGCGUGUCCACACAGGCAGAACGCUCUGAGAAGCAGAAAGAGCUGGGCACAGUUCUGUCUGAGAACAAUCAGAGACUCCAGGACAGAGAGAGAGAACUGAAAGACAUGAAAAAAGUCUUAGACACACUCACGCGGUCCUCAGACACGGUGCGGGACGAGGCGGAUACGGUCCUGUCUGAGCUCCAGGAGUCAGUGCAGCGGAUGCUGGAGUUGCUCCAAGACGUGAUGGUCUCCACUGGACAGGAGAAGCUCAGCGAGGCCCAGGACGUGGUGACCAAAUUGGAGUCCGAAGUCAAACAGCUGAAGAAAAAAGAUGUAGAACUUAAAGAGCUCAUCAACUGCCAGGACAAUAUCUACUUCCUGAAGACGUAUCAGUCUCUGUGCUUUCCACUGGAGGGGGGAGAGCUGGGAGCUGUGACCGUGAACCCUGAAGCCACGUUUGAUUCUGUUAGGAGCGUCAUUGUCCAGCUCAGGGAGAAAGUGGAGGAGAUGUGUGACCAGGAGCUGGACAAGAUCAACAAGACAGUGUAUAACACCACAGCGUUCACAGUGGCAGACCGCAACGGCCAGAAAACAGGAGGCAUAAUGAAGCUGUUUUCUGGAAAAGGAACCAAAGCUGCUCGUGCGCAAGGACCCCCACCACUGCCGUCAGUAAGCACACGAGGAUCUGUGAACACGCGUCCACAAGCCGUGAGAAACAGUGAGCCAGGAGCAGACACCCGGAGUUUAAAUUCAGUAAGAGGGAGGCAGAGAGGAGAAACCAGAGAGCAGGAAAGAGAAAAUCAGACCUCUCAAAGACGUCAAAGCACACAGAGCAGAAGCACACGUGAUGAAGAACAAGCGGAUCGCUGGAGCUUGAGUUCAAUCAGACCGAGAAUGAGGAGAGAGGACAAAGAGCAAGUCAAUGGAGAAAGUCAGAAUCUCUCACAGCAAAGAUCAAACGCUGCGGACAGACAGCAGCCGGCCAGACAAUCGGACAGAUGGAGUCUGAGCUCUCUCUUACCCAGAAACAGGAAGAAGAGACAGGACACAGUGAAAGAGGCCACACCUACUAUACAGGAGGCGGAGUCAGUGAGACAUCGUAGCCCCACCUCUGCCAGUGUCUGGGGAGAGCCAACAGAAGUGAAUCCAGCUCUGUUCCUGGACUCACCUACUGACAAUCCCUUCAUCAAUCCUGCUUUUCCCACAUUGAGAGAAAUUAACAUUGACAGCAUUCAGGCCCCAGAGCCCAGGACCAGAGAAGAGUUCCUGCAAUAUGCUUGUGAUUUGACCCUGGAUCCAAACACAGCCCAUCGGCGCUUGGUCCUGUCUGAUGGAGACACCGUAGCCACCCUUCAGCAGACGUCUCAGCCGUACCCUGACCUCCCUCAGCGCUUCGAUGGCUGGACACAGGUGCUCUGUCUCCAGCCCCUCUCCUCCGACCGCUGCUACUGGGAGGUGGAGUGGAGGGGGCGUGGCUCCUCUCUGGGUGUGGUCAGCGGCUCCAUGCCCCGCAAGGGAGCGGAUUCAGGGGCGGGGCUUGGGUAUAACAGCCAGUCAUGGAGCUUGGAGCUGUCAGACAUGUGCUGUGCAGCCAUGCAUGCCAAUCAGAAGGUGGAGAUCCCUGUGACCUACAGUCCCCGUGUAGGGGUGUUUCUGGACAGGCCCGCAGGGACUCUGACUUUCUAUAGCGUGGAUGAUGGGUUGGUUCCUCUCCACACCUUUCAAGGGUCAUUUCCACCACCGCUGUAUGCUGCGUUCGGGGUGGGCUGUGGGGUCGGUGUGGGGCUAGAUUUUGCUAUGGGGCAGUUCAGCUCCACGUCAGACAGCAUUAAAAUCUGUCCCUUGUGAAUGGAGUGAAUCUCACAAAAAACACAUCCAGGUCAUAUUUCACCGCAAAAUCAAAAGAAAAAAAAAAUUUGCAUAAAGAACUUUAAAGGGUUAGUUUACUCAAAAAUGAAAAUUCAGUCAUUUAUUACUCACCCUCAUGUCGUUCCACACCCGUAAGACCUUCGUUCAUCUUCGGAACACAAAUUAAGAUAUUUUUGAUGAAAUCCGAGAGCAUUUUUUUUUAUCCCCCAUAGACAGCAAUUUAACCACCACUUUCAAGGUCCAGA